AUGUCACAUGCUAAGGAAAUUAAACAGAAGCAAGAGUUACAAGCAAGGUUUCAACUAGCUGUCAGCUCAACUCAAAAUCAUGUUGCUAAUUGGUUAAACACAUCAAAUUCAACAAUAUCAUCAUCUUCAUCUUCAUCUAAUAAUGAUUUUUUCAAUUUACCAAUUAUAAGUGGUGGAUCUGGUUUAUCUUUAUCUUCUUUAACCUCUGAUAAAUCAUCAGAUGAUAUAAAUACAAUUGGUGAAUAUAUUAAAACUGGGAAAUCAGUAUCAUCAUUAAACAAAAAGAAACAAUUAAAUUCUAAAUCAAAAUUAUUAAAUAUGAAUAAAGUUAAUAUUCAAAAUGAUUCAAAAGCUUUGAAUGCCUUAAGAAAUAAAAUGAAGAAUUCAAAUAGAUCAAAACAUAAUCAACAAAUAAGACAAGUUCCAACUAGUCUAAAUAAAAAAUCAAGUAAUUCAAACAAUAAUGAUGAUAGUGAUAGUGAUGAUGAUAUGAUUCAAAAAGCUGCACCAAAGAAAAAAUUCAAUUUAUUAAUUGAUUCUAAAAUUAAAAAGAGAAAAUAA